GACCCAAGAAAAAGAUGUGAUGUACAGCUACAUGUUUGCCUAAAUGUGCCCGCAUUGUCAAAUUACCAGCAAAUUUACAGAAAAUUUUUUGUAAAUUGAAUUUUUGUGAAUCAAAAAUGGGAAGCACCUUUUUUAACAAGCUUUUAUUGAUUGCUGGCUUCGCCAGCUUAGCCCACGCCGCCUUCUCGGCAGCACACCAUCGCACGUACUUGCGUCUUACAGAGCAGGAAUGGAAUAGUUUGCCAUUGGAUAUUAUUCUGCAGACCGUCAUCAGUCUGGUGGUGGUUGUGUACAACAUCAUUGAGGUUGUAGGCCACUUCAAGGAGAUUCGUGCCACUGUGGACAUGCAGCAAAAGACUUGGGAUACAUUGGGCAACUUCCCAUCUUUCUACUCGUUUAAUCACCGCGGACGUGCUUUGAAUCCGGGCUACACGCCAUCCGAAAAGGUCCAAUAGGAGCCGCCGCAGCAUGGAAUGGAAACGCUGCCAGCUCUUUUAUUAGUUUAAUUUCGUGCAGUUACAAUAUAAAUUAUGCUAAACAAUGACCAAAUUACACAUACCACUGACGUUGGAGUUGCAGAAUACGA